AUGGAAAUCGAAGGUCAGAUCACCUUGCUGAACGACAUUGAUGCUCUUUCCACAAACUACACUAUCAAGGUUAAAAUUGUUAGUUUGUGGAGGAAGAAAAUGAGAGCUAACGAAAGAGAGACUUAUCGUAUAGAUAUGAUACUGAUGGAUGAGAUGGGUACCAAGAUCCAAGCAUUUUGCUUGCAUAAGCUAUUUUCAAAGUUUGAGAGGCAUCUUAUUGUUGAUGAAUGCUUAAUCAUAAAACGUCCUUCUCUUGCUGCCAACACUACGUUUUUCAAGAUUGUACCUAACAAUCAAAAGUUAUCUUUUCACUACCAUACGUUGGUGGAGAAGUGCAAAAAUUGGGAUGGUCCGCAGUAUGUUUUCAAUUUUGUUGAUUUUAACGAUGUUCUGUCACAGAAAAUAAAGGAGGGUACCACAGUAUUUUUUAUGUUUUUUUUACAUAUUUAUACUUUAAUGAUGUGCUGUUAUGUAUUUUUCAAUAUUUUUUUAGAUGUCAUUGGUUAUGUUUGUGUUUGUUAUAACAUCGAGGAUACGAACAAAAAGGAUGGUAGCAAAGGGAAACGCCUUAAUCUUAAGCUUCAAGAUAUUGAAGAUGUUCAGAUCGAUUUAACUCUUUGGGAUGAUUACGCUAAGGACAUGUAUUCUUACAUGGUUAGUGAAAAGCGUGAAGCACAUGUUGUCGUUGUUGUCCAUUUCGGUGCUGUUAAGACAUACAAAGGAAAAUGGGGUUUGUCUAAUAACUUUGAUGGUUCAAGAAUUUUCAUUAACGACAACUUUGAUGACAUGCUAUUGUUUAGGCAAAAGUUUCUUGCAAAACUUGCUGCUUCAACUGAGUCGAGUAGCCAUGCUGGGUCAUAUAUCAUGUGUUCUGUCGAAGAUGAAUUUUUAAAGAACGAUGUUUUUUCACCAAUUGCUUAUCUUGGAUCAAUCCUAGAGCCAAAGAAAGUUGUUGUUGUUGGGACUAUCGUUGCAAUUGUUUCAGAUAAGAUGUGGUAUUAUGAUGGGUGCAACUAUUGCAAGUCCAAAGUUGAGCAAAAGUUUGAAACAUAUGAUAAGGAUGAUGGAACAAGUGAUGUUAAAGAUGAGAAGUUGUAUCAAUGUUCUAACAAGGAUUGUAAUGGUAAAGAAGUUUUCCCGUUAUCCAGACAAUAUUCAACUGGUACGGUGACACUUACAUUGUUUGAUCAUGAGGCGAUGAAGUUUGUUGGUAAAACUGCAAAGGAACUUAUAGAAAUUCAGGACGAGUUAUUGAGGUCGAAUGAGAAUCCCGGAGAAUAUCCAGUUGAGUUUGAAUCAUUGCUUAACAUAAAGUGUGCUUUCGUGAUUAAAGUAAGUGACUUUAAUAUUGUGAAUGCUGUCGAGAAUUAUGGAAUCUCAGUUGUUACCACUGAUGAAGACAUAUUGGAUAAGCUGAACAAAAAAUUCAAAAUUGACCAACUUGAUGUAUCUGAUUCUUUUGGUAUGACUCAGUCUGAGUUCCAAGCUACCGGUGGUGACAGUUUCAAGGAUGCGGAUUCUUACACUGGGGAUAACACCACACCUGUGUCGAAGGAUUACGUGAGUGACUUGAAGCAACCAUCUUCUGAUAUGAAGCGUAACCUGGAUGAUGUUUAUUUGAAUGAUGAGGGAGUGGGGUCGUCAGCGAUACUCUGUGGUGUUAACAAAAUGCAGAAUACGUUUCAACAGCUUACUUCAUAUUCUUCUGAACCUCUACACCCUGGCAUCGCUGACGAAGCUGUUCGGGCUAAACAUAGGCGGAAGUUAAGAAAACUAUACCUUGAUAGUAAGAGAUCAAGGAUUAGUAGAAAUUUGAUUUCUAAAAGUGGAUGCUCAACCUCUUCAUCAUCAACACGUUUUAUUUUGAACAACAAAGAGAAUUUAACUCCCAAUUUUUCAAUACCAACAUUUACUACCCAAUCAUCAACUCUUAUACCGACACGUAAUCAUUUAGAUUCCUUGGUUAACGUAACAUCUUCAAAUUUUACACCUUCUACAAUGAGGAAGGAAGGAAAUGUACUACAAGAUAAGUAUACAACACCCAACCGUACACCCUUUGCAAAUAUAGAAAACAUAACACCAGGAAAUAAUUCUAAAUCUUCGAGAAACGUACCUUUAUCAUCGGGGCCAAUUUCAAGUAAAAAUAUGAGGACAAAUGUUUUGCAUCAUUCUUCAACAUCAGGACGACGUAUGAUGCUGUCAAACAAGGAAAACAUUACACCACUGUCGUGUAUUACAAACAUACGUACGCAAGUUCCCAGUGUACCAUAUUGUUCUAAUGCUAUGUCUUCUUUGACUCCUAUAUCACACGAUAAUAUUGCAACCUCAUCAACUUUACCAUUGAAUGACCGCUACUCUUUUAAUCCUCCAAUAACAAAUAAACGUAACACAAGAUGUUCGAUAUCCGAAACUACCUCACUAAAAAAGAUUUCUUCUGGAAAGCGUAGACUUAUUCAUAAACCAAUUGAAAUAGAAGCCAUACCAAUGGCUCCUCUUGAAUCUGAUGAUGAAAAUCAUAUUCACGAGAUUGUUGCAGACGCCACCAAAGGCGUAUCCAAAGAUUACGUUGACCAUGGUGACCAAUCACUUACGUGUGGUUUAUGCUUUGCAAAGUUAUGGGCUACCGAAGGUGGAAAGGGUCGCAUUACACUUCAAAAACAAACAUAUAGCUUAUGUUGUGGAUAUGGUAAGGUUGACUUGCCUGAAUAUAAAGAUUCUCAUCCGUCUUAUCAGAUGCUUUUUUCCUCUUUAGAUCAAGAAAGCAAGUUUUUCUUAAAGAAUAUAAGACGUUACAAUUCUAUGUUUUCCUUUACUUCAAUGGGAGGAAAAGUCGAUACUAAAAUAAACAAAGGAAAUGCUCCAUAUGUUUAUAGAAUCAGUGGUCAGAAUGCACAUAGUAUGGGUAGUCUUCUUCCUAAGGAGGGUGCCCAGCCAAAAUUCUCACAACUUUAUAUCUAUGAUACUGAGAACGAGCUUGCUAAUAGAGAGUUGCUAUUUGGUGAUUCUACAAGCAAAGCAUCUUUAAGGGCAAAGGAACUUGAUGCUAAAUUUAUAAAGUUUCUUACCAACAUGUUAGAUUCUACGAAUAUGCUGGUUAAAACUUACAGAAUGGUACGCGACCACCUGCACGAGAAUCCUAACGUUUCCCUUAAGCUUAGGUUAAUCUCACAGAGAGAUCGUGACGGAAGGACAUACAACUUACCUACGUGUUCCGAAGUUGCUGCUUUAAUAGUUGAUGAACCUAAUCUCAAGAUAGAAAGUCGUGAUAUUAUUGUUGAAAAGCGUUCAGGAGUCCUUAAGCGUAUUAGCGAGUUACAUCCUUCUUACCUUGCUCUCCAGUAUCCGAUUCUUUUUCCGUACGGAGACGAUGGCUAUAGGAUUAAUAUUCCUCAUAGGGAAUUUGGUCCUAACACAAAAAAGACAAGACCAACUUGCACUAUGAGGGAGUUUUUUGCUUAUAGAAUUCAAGAUAGACAUAACAAGUUUUCUCUAAUUCUUAAUGCAAGAAGGUUGUUUCAGCAGUUUUUAGUUGAUGCCUACACAAUGAUUGAAAGUGAGAGGCUCAACUUCAUACGUUUUCAGCAAAUCAAACUGAGAUCUGACUCACUUAACAGUCUUAAAAAUGUUCAAGAGGUUGGUCAGAGUGAUUUGAGUCAUACCGGACAACCUGUUAUAUUACCGUCAUCGUUUACUGGUGGUUCUCGAUACAUGAUGCAAAACUAUUUGGAUGCUAUGGCGUUAUGUCGGAAUUAUGGGUAUCCUGAUUUCUUUAUCACUAUCACAUGUAAUCCGAAAUGGCCUGAAAUUGUUAGAUUUAUCGGUGACUCAUCAAUUAAGCCAGAAGACAGACCUGACAUACUUUGUCGAUUGUUUAAGAUGAAACUCGAUGAAUUGAUAACUGAUUUGAAGCAAAAAAAAAAUUUUGGUGAUAUUAAUGCAGUUGUUUACACAGUUGAGUUUCAAAAGCGUGGAUUGCCACAUGCACACAUUUGCUUAUUUAUGAAAGCUGAUCAUAAGCUUCCUACGGUUGAACACAUUGAUCCAUUUAUCUCAGCUGAAAUUCCGGAUAAAAACGAGGAUCCUGAGUUGUAUUAUCUUGUGAGUGACUUUAUGAUUCAUGGUCCUUGUGGACAUGCCAACAAGAAAUGUCCAUGCAUGGUUGGGAACCGUUGUUCUAACAAUUUUCCAAAGAAGUUUUUGGAAUCCACUUCCAUUGAUUCUGAUGGAUUUCCCGUUUAUAGGAGAAGAGAUUCUGGUCACACGGUUGUGAAGAAGGGUGUUACUUUGGACAAUAGGAGCGUAGUUCCAUACAACAAAAAGCUUCUAAAAAGGUAUCAGGCGCACAUCAACGUCGAGUGGUGCAAUCAGGCGGGUUCAAUUAAGUAUUUGUUUAAAUAUAUUAAUAAAGGACCUGAUCGAGCCAUGGUAGCUGUUUUUGAUUCAGACAGAGGUCCAGAUGAGGAGAUCCCAAAAGAUGAAAUUAAAGAAUAUUACGAAGCUAGAUAUGUUUCCGCAUGUGAAGCAAGCUGGAGAAUAUUUGCCAACGAGGUUCAUUAUAGGUAUCCUUCUGUCAUGAGAUUACCUUUUCAUCUACCAGGACAACAAAAUGUUGUAUUUAGUUGUGACGACGAUAUUGAGGAUGUCUUACACAAACCUCAAGUAAAUUCUUCGAUUUUCUUAGAAUGGAUGAAGAUGAACAAUUCUAAGCCUGAAGCAAGACAACUUACAUAUGUUCAGUUUCCUUCAAAAUAUGUGUGGAAGUUAAAAGAUCGUUGCUGGCAGCCACGUCAAAAUUAUGUUGUUAUUGGGAGAAUAUAUUCUGCGUCUCCUUCUCUUGGUGAGGCUUAUUAUCUAAGAAUUCUUCUUACCAAGGUUAAAGGACCAAGAUCAUUUGAAGAAAUCAGAACAUAUGAAGGUGUUGUUUAUCCUACUUUUAGGGAUGCGUGUUAUGCACGUGGCCUGUUAGAUGAUGACAAUGAAUAUAUCGAGUGUAUUAAAGAAUCCAGUUUCACUGGUAACGCUCAUUAUCUUCGUUCUUUGUUUGGAACACUACUUUUGUCUAAUACUCUUUCAAGACCUGAAGUUGUUUGGGAGAAAACGUGGGAGCUAAUGUCCGAGGACAUUUUAUACAAUAUGCGUAAAGAUAGUGGCAUGAGCGGAUUCGUUGUAUCAGAUGAACGUUUAAAGAAUAUAACAUUGACCAAGAUCGAAAAAUUUCUUCUUCGUAAUGGAUCCAGCUUGCACAGGUUCUCAACGAUGCCUUAUCCUGAUGAUGACUAUCUAAUGACCGAGAGCAACCGUUUGAUAAACGAGGAGCUUUCGUUUGACAUUGAUGAACUUAGGGGUGAGUUCAAUAAUCUGCACAGCUCUCUAAACGAAGAUCAAAGAGCAGUGUAUAAUGAAAUUAUGCAUGCUGUUAGAAGUGGAAAGGGGGGUGUGUUUUUUGUGUACGGUUAUGGUGGUACGGGCAAGACUUUUUUGUGGAAAACUUUAGGUGCAUCCAUUAGAUCCACUGGACAGAUUGUUAUUAAUGUUGCUUCAAGUGGUAUUGCAUCUUUGUUGCUAUCACGAGGUCGUACUGCCCAUUCACGAUUUCAUAUUCCUAUUAAUCUCAACGAAGAUUCGGUCUGCCAUAUCAAGCCUAAUACUGAAGAUGUUUUGAGUGUAUUUGAUUCACGAAAUUCAGAACUUCCAUUUGGUGGAAAAGCUAUUGUCUUUGGUGGUGACUUUAGACAAAUCCUACCGGUUGUACAAAAUGGAAGCAGGCAAGAUAUUGUAAACGCAUCUUUAUGUUCAUCCCAUAUCUGGUCCCAUUGCAAGGUGUUAAAGUUGACAACAAACAUGCGUUUAUCGGUAGUAUCCAGUACCUCAAACAUCGAGGAAAUAAAUCAAUUUGGUAAAUGGCUUUUAGAGAUUGGCGAAGGCAAUGUUGGUCAUUCUAACGAUGGUGAUUCACAUAUUGAAUUACCUGAUCAUCUUUUGAUAACUGAUGAGAAUGAUCCGAUUCAGGCUUUGAUUGACUUUGUAUAUCCUUCAGUUUUGGAUCGUUUUAAAGACCGUCACUACUUUUCUGAAAGAGCUAUACUCGCUCCUAAGAAUGAAGUUGUUCAUGAUAUAAAUGAUCGUUUGCUUGAAUUGUUUCCGGGUGAAGAGGUAGAGUAUCUUAGCUCUGAUAGUUUAUGUCCUACUGAGGAUAUUAAUGAUCCGUUACAUCAAGAUUUAUAUAAUCCAGAUGUGUUAAAUAGUGUGAAAGUUUCUGGAUUACCAAAUCAUAGAUUGGUAUUGAAAUUGGGUGUUCCGGUAAUGCUUUUGAGGAAUAUUGACCAGCAAAACGGUUUGUGCAAUGGUACGCGUCUUCAAAUCACACGUCUUGGUAAACGUGUUAUCGAGGCUAAGAUAUUAUCUGGAAGUAAUGUCGGUUCAAGAACUUACAUCCCAAGAAUUAGCAUGAUACCAUCUGACAAAAAAAUACCCUUCAAGUUUCAACGAAGGCAGUUUCCAAUAACCGUAUGUUUUGCGAUGACUAUUAACAAAAGUCAAGGACAAUCUCUAUCCAGAGUUGGUCUAUACCUUAGAGAUCCCGUGUUCUCACAUGGUCAGCUUUAUGUUGCUUUGUCGAGAGUAAAGACUAAGGAUGGCGUUAAGGUUCUAAUAUUCGACAAAGAUGGGAGACCAACAAACAAAACUGCAAACGUUGUUUACAAAGAAAUUUUGGGAAAUUGUAGAUUAAACUUAUGUUACGUACGUGAUUUAUCCUAA